AUGGCCCGAAAACGAACAAGACCUGAAACGCCGCCUCAUAUUCGACAGGAUAAACGAUACCGAACCCCAGAUCGUGAAAAAACCCCUGAUGAUCUAAGAAAACGAAUGAUCCGAAAGAUUAAUGCUGCUAGAAAAUACUAUGAUGAUUUAGCAAAUUCUUCACAAUCAACAAAUGAGAUAUCAAAUAACCAAGUCAGAG